GUGCAGUAAAUGCCCGGGUUUCUACGGCGCUGGUUUUUGUGGUAUGGUCCGGUUGGGACCGAGAACCUGCGGGGUUAAAAUAGGGGGGAAAUAAAUUUAUUAUUGAUUAUACCAACUAGAUUUCUGAAUGAGUCCACGGAGUCGUGAUUUUUCACCGUGGCUUUUGUACCGACAUGCGGUUGUAUAUUGACGCCGUUUUCGGGGUCGGCCUCCGGAGCAACGCGCCUUUUCCAUCGUACCCCCGCUGCGAGUCUUGUGUGACCGCUCUGCACACACGGAGACAUGCUGCUUUAUUUUGGCUUGCAUUUUCCGUGAGCAAAGAGAAACUGCUGUCCGGAGAUCAGAAAUCUGUGUCUCAGAUGGCAUGUGGGGUUGAAUUCAGAGCAUCGGAGCUGAGAUACGGCUGCUGCAGUGGCUCACUGUUGCCGCUAAACAGCCUCCACUAAACAUCCAGUCCAGUAUAUUGCAAAGCUGUGACAGUAGAGGCAUCCAUUCAUAAGUUUCUCCACAUAUUUCCAACAAAUAUCUUUGUUUAAACUCUCAUUGUUGCUCUCAGUAUGAUGCAUCAAACCAUCUGCGAAGUUCCAGUCUCAAAAUCCUGUUAAAAUCCAAAUCCAGCCCUUUGAAUUUCCCUUUUUGUGUGAGCUGUCAUCGCUAUGUUAUCAUUAAAAUAACACAAAUCCUCUUAUCUGUGUGCAUUGCAGGCUCCCUGGUUUUCUCAGGAGAGAAGUGAUCAGUGACGUGGUGGGCAACAGGCCUGCACUGUGCUUCCAUGGAAACUAAGCAGGAACCCUCUGCUGUGUGGAGUCAAACUGUUAACAAUGAUUCAAGCAACACCACACAGGUGCAUUUUGAAGGCGGCACUGUGGCCCAGAUAGUGUACAGUGGAGAUCAGGCGGACAGGGCACAGCAGCAGGUGGUUUAUACAGCAGAUGGGAACUCCUAUACCUCGGUGGAGUCUGCAGAACACACACUGGUCUACAUACACCCUGCAGAUGGCACUCAGACUGUGUUUGCUGAUCAGCCACAAGUGGCGUACAUUCAGCAGGAUGGUACAACUCAGCAGGUCACAGUUCUGCUGCCCAGUGGGCAAAACAUGAACGCUGCCAACCUGCAUGUUCUCAGUAAUGUGGCAGACGCUCCGCAGGCGAUCCUGGAGCCAGUUCCCCAGGGGCAGCUGUCUGUGUCCAACUCGCUCACAUCCAUGGCCGACAUUGCCGACCCUCCCACCAGUCCCCUCGGGGCCACGGACUCCACUGACGAUUCAGAUGAAGAUGAGGAUGAGGACUCCGAGAUGGAUGACUGGGAGCCACGUCAGCCUCAAUCAUUCAACCCUCACAGCCUCUGGUGCGAGGAGUGUAAUGCGGCAAACCCCUCAAUCUGCCUGAAGCACGGCCUCCUGCACCCCAUCCCCAACCGGCCGGUGUUGUCCAAAGCGAGGGCCAGUCUGCCUCUGGUCCUCUACAUCGAUCGCUUCCUGGGUGGAGUUUUCUCCAAGAGACGCAUCCCGAAGCGAACACAGUUUGGUCCUGUGGAGGGACCGCUAGUUCCACAGAGCGAACUGCAGGACCACUACAUUCAUUUGAAACUGUGCAUGCUGGAUACAGAGAAGGAUGGAGAGAAGUCCAAUGACAUGUGGUUUGACCUUUCUGACGAGGACAGCUGUAACUGGAUGAUGUUCGUGAGACCUGCUCAGAAUCACCUGGAGCAGAACCUGGUGGCCUAUCAGUACGGCUCAGAGAUAUUCUACACAACCAUCAAGAACAUCCAGCCCAAACAAGAGCUGAAGGUUUGGUACGCAGCAUCAUAUGCAGAGUUUGUAAACCAAAAGAUCCAUGAUGUUACAGAUGAAGAGAGAAAAGUGCUCCGGGAACAAGAGAAGAACUGGCCUUGUUAUGAGUGUAACCGGCGCUUUGUGAGCUCCGAACAACUGCAGCAACAUCUCAACAUGCACGACGACAAGUUAAACUCUGUUUCCAGAUCCAGAGGUCGGGGGCGGGGAAGAGGCAGGAAGAGAUUCGGUACAGGAAGGAGACCUGGACGACCUCCUAAAUUCAUACGUUUGGAUCCACCAGUAGACUCCAGUGGAGACAAAACAACAGAAAUGCUGGAGUUGACAGAGAAGCCGCUGGAGGAGCGAGUGGAGGCAGCUCAGAACGGGCUGAAGGUGGUGGAGAUGGAGGCGGAGGGGGAGGCUAGUACCGAGCCAGAGGUUCAGCUCAUACCUCCCGCUGGGGAGCCGGUCCCAGAGUCGGUCACGUCGCCCUCCAACACGGACCUGCCUGCUCCACUGAAGGAGGACCCGGCACAGAGCAGCCAAUCAGACGCCCACCUCACGUCGCAGGACAUGCGCCGUGCCAAAAGAAUACGGAAUGCCGCGCUGCAGCAUCUUUUCAUCAGGAAGAGCUUCCGUCCUUUUAAAUGCCCCCACUGUGGAAAGGCCUUCCGGGACAAAGACAAGCUGGAUCAGCACCUGCGUGUCCACGGCCGGGACGCCUACGCUUUCUCCUGCCACAUUUGCAGCAAGAGCUUCAUGAGUGACUCAGCCAUGGAGGACCAUUUGCUUGUCCACACAGAGAACCGCUCCUACUCCUGUCUCUUAUGCCCAGAAACCUUUGAAAGGCUGGACCUGCUCAAAGACCACGUGGGGGUUCAUGCUGUGGAUGGCUGCUUCACCUGUCCAUCCUGCAAGAAGACGUUCACUGACUUCAUUCAGGUAAAGAAGCAUAUCCGGGGCUUCCAUUCAGAGAAGAUCUUCCAAUGCCCAGACUGUGAAAAGGCCUUUUGCCGACCAGACAAGCUUCGUUUGCACAUGUUGCGCCACUCUGAUCGGAAGGACUUCCUGUGUUCAACAUGUGGCAAACAAUUCAAGAGAAAAGACAAGCUGCGAGAGCACAUGCAGCGGAUGCACAACCCCGACAGAGAGGCCAAGAAGGCCGACCGGAUCCACCGCUCCAAAGCCCUCAAACUGAAGGUCCCCACCACCGACUUCGAGAGCUUCAUGUUCAAAUGCAGAGUUUGCAUGAUGGGAUUCAGACGCAGAGGAAUGCUGGUGAACCAUCUGUCCAAGCGUCAUCCAGAGAUGCGUAUCGAAGACGUGCCUGAGCUUACGCUGCCAAUUAUCAAACCCAACAGGGACUACUUCUGCCAGUAUUGUGACAAGGUAUAUAAGAGCGCCAGCAAGAGGAAAGCUCACAUACUGAAAAACCAUCCCGGGGCAGAAUUACCUCCCAGCAUCCGGAAAUUGCGUCCGGCUGCUCCUGGUGAGCCCGACCCCAUGUUGAGCACACACACCCAGCUGACCGGUACCAUCGCCACUGCACCAGUCUGCUGCCCACACUGCGCCAAACAGUACAGCAGCAAGACUAAAAUGGUGCAGCACAUCAGGAAAAAGCAUCCAGAGUUUGCCCAACUGGCCAACACCAUCCAGACUCCUCUGACAACGGCUGUAAUCAGUAGUGCUCCUGCAGUCAUCAGUACAGACGGUUCAACGGCUGAGGCUGUAGUGACUACAGAUCUACUGACUCAGGCCAUGACGGAGCUCUCUCAAACACUGACCACAGACUACCGAACAGCUCAGGGAGACUACCAGAGGAUCCAGUACAUCCCUGUCUCUCAGGCAGGAGGCACCCUCUCCCAGCCGCAACACAUCCAGCUGCAGGUCGUCCAGGUAGCUCCGGCUUCCUCCCCACAUUCCCAGCACCCCAAUGUAGAUGUGAGUCAGCUGCAUGACCCUCAUGGCUACAGUCAACACUCCAUCCAGGUACAACACAUCCAAGUCUCCGAGCCCUCAGGCACUGGACAAGGAGCCACCCAGGUCACUGGUCAGCCUCUGAGCCCCACAUCGCAGCAGGCGAAUCAGGAGCUGAGUCCUGCCCAGCUGACCCCCGUCACUUUAGCUCAGAGCCACACCCUCCAGCCGAGCAGCACCCAGCAGCAGGGCACCGUGCAGCACGCAUACAUACCUGGAAACUGGAACUACCGAGGCUACUCAUCUGAGAUCCAGAUGAUGGCUCUACCUCAUGCACAGUAUGUGAUAGCUGAAGCGAGCACCCCUGUAUCUGGAGUCAACAGCAACCAGGUGAAAACGACACACUACGUGAUCUCCGAGGGUCAGAGCGAGCUGGAGACGAAGCAAACUGUUCCUCAGAGCACAACCCAGGCCCACACCGAACAUCUGGAGCAGCAGCCGGCCAAUCAGCAAGCCACCACGCAGUACAUCAUCACCACGACCACCAACGGCAGCGGCACCAGUGAAGUUCACAUCACAAAACCCUGAACUGCACAGCGAUGAUCUUUGCACACCCACAGACCGAUCCUGCAUGUCUUCCUCAACAGCUUGUACGCACACGACCGAACAAAUACACUGUCAUAUGCACAUGGAUAUAGAUUUGUGUACAUACAGAGAUAAAAAUGAACCAGCACAGUUUUAUGUGUCUGUAAAGUGUUACGAUGUUGAAUGAGCUGUUGCAUUGCGAGCUGCUAAAAACUUUGUGAGGAAAAAAUAAAAUUAGUCGACAAAAACGUGAAGUUUUAAUUAUGAACAGAAUAUAUUAUCACAUGUUUUGAAUACAUGCACUGGAAAGUAGAAUUUUUUUUAGAAAGACUUUCACUGAAGCUGCAUUACCGGAGUGAUGGGAAACUCAGAUCUUAUACAGAUUUGAAUGGCAAUUUUGCAUAUUUGUAAUGUUACGUUUGUUAAAGUAUAGUAUUUGUAAAUGACAGGAGAACAUAGAAAAUACAGUAUAAAAUGUCAAAAACAGGUCAUGUUUUUGUCCAUUGCCAGUUCUCACACUCCACCUGUUGUCCAUCUAUGAUGCCAUAUUGUUGCUGAUAUCUGAUGUGAUUUAUUAUUUUCCAUUAAUUUCCAUUUUGGAAUAUUUACAAACUGGACAUGUCUUAAUUCCCUUAAAUUCAGAUUGCACUUUAUUACUAAUUCUAUGUCUCUAUCACAACACCUGCAUUGCAUUUGCAAGAGCAAGACAGGGUUCUUAGCGUUACAAUUAACUUGAAACUUUUUGGCAAAUCUUGAUAAUAAUGAUCAGACUGAAUGGCACCAGAACAUUGUACCGAAAGAAUAAAUGAACACAGGACUGAAAAGUGUAGUUUCACUGUUAAAACACCUAAAAUGUUGUAAAACAUUCCAGUUCAACUUCGUGACUGUAACCCAAAUAAUUAAAAUUUGCUAAGCAACAUUUCCACAACCGAUCUCCAACCUUUGGAUCCCAGAAGAGUUCACAAACAUCCACUGUCCUGGAAUCAUAUUGACACAGGAUAACGGAUGGAUGGGCUACGAUUUAUCAGUUUGUCCAGUAUCAAAAUUGCUCUCGUUGAAAAAUCCACAUGGCAUUAACCAGCAGUAAGUGCAAGUGAUUAUUCAGUUGUGUGUUGACUAAUCUGGGUUUGGUGGAUGUCGACCUGUGAGAAGUUACUCUGGCUGUGUGCAAGAUGAGACUUCAUGAACAUGAAAUAUAUCAGACUAAGUAGAUGAAUAUUAAUACAUUUGUGAAAAGGUAUAUUUUAAUGGCAUUCAUAUUGCAUUAAGUUCCAUUAUAUUUUAAAUUGUCACCUGUUGUCAUAACUGUAAAUGUCCUUCACAGAAAUAAAGAUAUUUCCAUAAUAGAUUGAUGCACAAAA